GAAUAUCCACCUUUACAUAGGGGUGGUAGCCAAAAAAGUGGAGCUAAAAAUAGCUCCAUAUCAGCUGGUCUGUGUCAACACGUGCCUCGAUUCUGGGCGAUAUCGAGAAUCCUUAGACGUGACUACGGCUACGCUGCACUUUUUGGUAGAUUGUUCAUAUAUUUUAUUAGGAUUGAUCAUGAGUUUGCCAGUAGAGAAGAAAGCCCUCCAUGUUCCAGAUCUGGAAGAGCUAGCGACAGUUCUGGAGGAUGGUUUGAAGUCAUAUUUUGCUUCGGUGUCCGUCAGCGUUGUGGAUUGUCCAGAUUUAAGUCAGCAGCCAUUCACUCUAGCAGCACCAGGAUUAUGUGGGAGUUCAAGGGCUGUGGAUGUAGGAGGAAUACCUAACAUUCAUCCGCUGCCCAAGCUUGAUAAGAUUUACGAUAUGGAAAAGGUCGCUGAGUUAGCAGACCUCCCUGGUGCGUUUAUGAUUGGGGCCGGGGCUGGGCCUUAUAAACACGUCGGAGUAAACAGUGAGCUGAUGCCAAACCUUGUAGCCUCAACAGCUGCUAAGGAAGGCAGCAAUUGCACACAUGACAUCAGACUAGACGUCGACAGUGGACAGCCAAUAUUGGAGAAAUGCUCGAGUACGGAGUGCGCCCUCAUGGUUAAUCUCUAUUGUUCAGAAGGCAAACCAGGAAAGGUAUUGGAAGUAAAAGCCAGCAAGAGAACUGGAGAGGCUGAUUUUGUGGCGGCCAUGAGGGAAGUGAUGAACGAGCGAUAUGGAGAGAAGCCGGUGGGAUUGGGCGGAAGUUUUAUGAUUGAACAAGGCAAAGCAUGGCUACAUAUCAUGCCUGAUUUCUGUCCAACUCCCAUCACCAGCAUUAAAGAAAACGAGGAGUGGCUGAAGUUUAUUGAGUUUGACGCACCGAUCAUCUGUCUCAGUGUCUUCUAUUCACAUGAUCCGGGGUUAGAUUUGAGGAUUGAGCAUACCCAUUGCUUCAGUCAUCAUGGUGCUGGGGGACAUUAUCACUAUGACACCACACCUGACGACGUUGUCUAUAGAGGAUACUUCCAUCCUGCUGAAUGGGUGUACCGGGUGGAUAGGCCUACCGAGAAAUGGGUACCAACGGAUAAAUAGAAUGGGUGUGUCAUGUGAAUAAGCCUACCAAGAAUUGGGUAUACCAACAUCGAAAAUUGAAUAUAUGUACAUGUACUCUGGGAUUUUUUAACCAGAAAUAUAUUGGGUGUUCUUUGUAUGGAUUAGGAGCAUUUGUUCUUGAAAUGAUAAAAGCUGUUUGUAGACAAAAGGGAGCAGUUGAUAUAUUACAGAUUCUCCAUCUUGAAAAGAUCAUUUUCCUUGAUUAAAUCAUCGAAAUUAUAGUUUGUAGUUAAAUAAAAAAUAUACAUGUAUAUAUAUUUAUAUAUAUCAGAUAUUCAUAUUGUUGAACUAGGGGUAUUUCCCCAAGAAUACAUUUCAGUUAUUUUGGAUAAUUUGUCAAUUUUAAUUGGUAAACAAAUAAAUUGUUUAUUGUUUUGUAUCCCU